UCAAACUUGUGAAUCCUCAAUGACAGUCUCAUGGUAGAUGAAGCCGAGAUAGCUUCAACCCGACGAGUUCUGCUUCAUGUUCAAACACAUGAUGGUCCGGUGAUGAAGAUGUACCUCUGGGACAAGGCUGCUUCAGACUUUGGUGAAAGAUUCAAGGCAUCUGGAGGAACUGCGAGUGUUAUCUUAGUCACCACCUUAAACCCGAAACGAUAUGGAGGUUUGUAUCAUCAGCUUUUUCUUAUCAUUUUAAGAAGUUGCAUAGGAUGGUCAAGGAAUCUUAUCUGGUUAGGUGCCCUAUCUCUCUCUUCUAUGGCGUCGUCAAGGAUAUUUAUGGACAGUGAUGUUCAAGCAACCCGAGAUUAUCUCAAUUUGUUGAACUCGAACUUGGAUGUUGCUAAGAGAGUUGAUGCAAACGUUGUCACUAAGACUGAGACAGUGACCAUAGGCGAGCUCUUUUUUUAUAUGAAGCAGGCAGAUGCUAAGGUUGCUUGGUUUGAGUGCAUAGCAACCAUUGGUGAUGUUGUACACGGUUCGGGAUGGUAUUACAUAGGCUGUGGUGGGUGCCACACAAAGGCAACCAAAGGGCCUACCACCCUUAUGUGUAAAAAGUGUGGGAAGAGUGAUAUUGUUGGUGUUGCACAGUACCUAGCCAAGAUAUCUGUGUACGACAAUAAUGACCAGGCGGUUUUUGUACUCCUUGGUGACUCUGGUCAUGAGCUGUCUGGGAAGAAGGCUUCUGAGUUGGUUGAGAGUUAUUUUGAGGCCAACGAGGAUGAAGGAUCUGAUCACUUGGUUCCGGUCCCUCAAGCUCUGAUUGAUACCAUAGGCCAGACUCGCAAGUUCAUUGUGAAGGUAUCAACCCACAAUUUGACUGGCAAGACCCAAACUUUGACUGUAACAAAGGUGCUCACUCCGGAAGACCCAGAUAUUGGAAUCAAUUUAGAAGAAUCCGAUGGUGAGAGGGUGAAAAGGGCUGCUGAAAACAUUGAGGGAGAAGAGCCCAAGAGAGCCAAAUGUGGCUAAGGUGUGAUUAGUGGUGGUUUUAUGGUUACUAAAACUCUAUGCUUUAUUUCUUUUCAUUUUCAGACCUUGGUUUUGCAACAUUGAACUUAUCUUUCU